ACUCCCCCCAGCCUUUCCCCGCCGUCCCCCGUCUAUUUUUUGUCAGCUCAGCCUUUCAGCUCAGCUUCAGCCAGCAAACUUGCUCUUCCUGAAUCAGAUUUAGAGUACUUUAAGACCUGGGUUGGUUGUUUUGGGUGCCCGUUGUAUGUGGAAAGGCAACGCCCGUUUUUCAGCCGCUGAACAACUGCACCGUACCGUCAAGGCUGGUCAACUCCACUCUACCUUAACCCAAAGUCAACAACAACACAAAAAUACGGUUUAUCCCAAAUGCCCACCCUCCUCGUCUUCCUCACCAUCACCCUCUUUCUCUUUCACGUCUUUUCCUCGCUCCCACUUGUCCUCCCCCUCAUUUUUCUCACGCUCGCACUCGCUCAGUACACAAUAACCCACCUCUACACAUCCCACCUCCAAAAAACAACAAUCCUAACUGACAUCCAAUACUUGACGACACCACCACCACGCGGUAGGAAAGGCACUGCGAUUGUAGUUGGAGGGUCCAUCGCAGGACUCAUCACCUCUGCUGUGCUAUUGAACCAUUUUGAUCGAGUGGUGGUGUUGGAGAGUGAGGAGAUUGGUCAGAAUGGGGAUGGAAAAGAAGAACGGAAACAUGUUCCGCAUGGGCGGCUUGCGCAUGUGUUGUUACCGUUGGGAUUGAAGGUUGUUAAAACGUUGUUUCCUGGGUUGGAAAAUGAUCUUUUGGAACGAGGGGGCAUACCUACCCAACUCUCUGCCCAAUAUCAACACAUUUACGGAGGUCUGAUCAAACAAACCCCAUACGUCCCAGACACGGCCAUCAUCCUCACCUCCCGCCCUCUCCUCGAAUCCACCAUCCGUCACCAACUCCUUUUAUCCGAUCGCAUCGAGUUUCGGUCUGGGACGGUUGUAACGGGGUUGGUGGUUCAAGAAGGGGAUGUGAGAGGUGUCAAGGUUUUUGAUGGGGAGAACAAGGCGGGGGUUGUGGAGGGGGUUGUGGUUGUUGAUGCUACUGGGAGGAGUGCGAGAGGAAUCAAAUGGCUCCAAUCCCUCUCAUACCCAACACCCCCAACAACAUCCUACGACCCCCACCAACAAUACACAUGCGCCCGCUUCAAAACCCACUCCGACCUGCCCAGCCUAGUCUUUAACGUUGGUUUCCCGGGCAAACGCCACGAAACCUUUGCCAUCUUCCGCGUUGAAAACAAUGAAUGCAUCCUUGGAUCCAUGUCGACGGGGAAUCCCCAUCCGAUUGCACCUCGCUCCGAUGAAGCGAUGCGAGAUUGGAUGUUGGCGAGUGAUUGUCCGGAAUUGAAUACCACCAUGUUUGAGAGGGUUGGUGAACGGGUUUCUGAGUGGUUUUCUUGGAAGUUUCCGGGGAGUCGGUGGGUGAGGUAUGAAGAGGUUGACCUUCCUGGAGGGUUUGUAGCGGUUGGUGAUGCAGUUUGUAGUUUUAACCCAAUCUACGGCCAAGGCAUGACCGCCGCCGCCAUCGCCGCAACAACCCUCGACGCAACCCUCCGCAAAACAACCUCACUUAAAUCCCUCCCAAAAACCUACCACACCCUCCUCGCACACCGUCUAGAACCCAUCUGGGACACGAACGAAUCCAACGAUAUCCGAUUCAAAGCCGUUACGCCUUCCUCGCCAUUAGAUUCCCAUCGUGUCCGUCUUGAACGCUCUGGACGGGUUUUUGAAUUGUUGGUGUACGCGGCGCAGGAGGAUGCGGCUGCUUCGGGGUGUCUUUUGAGGUUGAUGUCUAUGGUUGCUGGACAGGCGGAGAUGCUUGAGUGGAGGGUUUUGUGGGCUAUUGCAAAGGUUGCUUGGAGGCGGUAUUGGGAGUAGAUAGCGAGUGAACGCAUGGUGAGGUACGUGAGGAGAAUAGUAGAGUGGUUUCGGUGAGGUUGGAUAGAUAUCAUUGAGUGUUUUAUAUCCAGAGUUUUCUUUAUACCGUGUCAGGGAUUGGGUAUCUCGUCUUUUGUCUACAGAAACAAUUCAAAAGGAU